CCCUGGAGCUCACCUGGACGCCGCCGCUGGAGAGGCGCGCUGAGGAGAGCCCGGCCGCCUGUUCCACGUAUUCCCGCCCCACUAGGUGUUUCCAUUUCAAGAAACAUUAUUGUGACCAGUUUGAUGCUAAAGAACAUCUUUAACAGAGGUUUUUAUAGAUGUGAUAAACUUUUAAUACCAGAAUGGCUCACAUAAGAAUACUAAGACAAUUGUGUAAGAAACUAUUUUCCCACUGGAAGCUUUGGAAGUUUAGCAUUGUUGUUUUUGUUUUUCUAGUAUUUUUGUUUUUAUUACAAAGAGAAGUAGGUGUUCAACAUGCUAAACGUGAACCAGGGAUUGGACCAGUUGUGGGAAAGAAAAGUGAUGUACUCGGUUUCAUGUUAAAUGCUGUGAACAAUAUUAAAGGUGCAAAGCCAAAAAUGCAGAUAAAAGCACCUGUUAGGCAAACCAGUAUUCCUGGAGUGAGACACUGUUUGCAAGGACAUUAUACACUAGCAGAACUGAAACCCUUCUUAGAGCGACCUCUUCAGGACCCCAAUGCCCCUGGAGCUUCUGGUAAAGCAUUCAAAGCUACCAAUUUAAGCCCAGAAGAGGAGAAGGAGAAGGAGCGUGGGGAUGAAAAACACUGUUUUAAUGCUUUUGCAAGUGACAGAAUUUCUUUGCACCGGGAUCUUGGACCAGACACUCGACCUCCUGAAUGUAUUGAGCAAAAAUUUAAACGUUGCCCAUCACUGCCUACUACAAGUAUCAUAAUAGUUUUUCACAAUGAAGCAUGGUCUACUCUGCUAAGAACUGUACACAGUGUGAUGUAUACUUCCCCUGCCAUACUCCUCAAAGAAGUUAUUUUGGUGGAUGAUGCCAGUGUAGAUGAAUACUUGCAUGAUAAACUAGAUGAAUACGUGAAACAAUUUCAAAUAGUUAAGGUAGUCCGACAAAAGGAAAGAAAAGGUCUAAUCACAGCACGAUUAUUAGGAGCUUCAGUAGCAACAGGAGAGACGCUUACUUUUUUGGAUGCACAUUGUGAAUGUUUUUAUGGCUGGUUAGAGCCAUUGUUGGCACGAAUAGCUGAGAACUACACUGCUGUUGUAAGCCCUGACAUUGCAUCCAUAGAUCUUAAUACUUUUGAAUUCAGCAAGCCUUCUCCUUAUGGACAUAACCAUAACAGAGGAAAUUUUGACUGGAGUUUAUCAUUUGGAUGGGAAUCUCUUCCUGAACAUGAAAAUAGAAGAAGAAAAGAUGAAACCUAUCCAAUUAGAACUCCUACUUUUGCUGGAGGUCUUUUUUCAAUAUCAAAAGACUAUUUUGAAUAUAUUGGAAGCUAUGAUGAAGAAAUGGAAAUAUGGGGAGGAGAAAAUAUAGAAAUGUCUUUCAGAGUAUGGCAAUGUGGUGGACAAUUGGAGAUCAUGCCUUGCUCUGUUGUUGGCCAUGUCUUUCGCAGCAAGAGCCCCCAUACUUUUCCAAAAGGCACUCAAGUGAUCACACGUAAUCAAGUUCGCCUUGCAGAAGUCUGGAUGGAUGAAUAUAAAGAAAUAUUUUACCGGAGAAACAUAGAAGCAGGAAAAAUUGUGAAACAAAGAACAUUUGGAGACAUCUCAAAAAGACUUGAUUUGAGGCAGCGGCUACAGUGUAAAAAUUUUACUUGGUAUCUAAAUAAUGUUUAUCCUGAGGCAUAUGUACCAGACCUGAAUCCUCCAUUAUCUGGAUUUUUAAAAAAUGUAGGUAGACGUCUAUGUCUGGAUGUUGGCGAAAAUAACCAUGGUGGCAAACCAUUAAUUAUGUAUACUUGUCAUGGACUUGGGGGAAACCAGUACUUUGAAUACUCUGAACACUCUGAGAUUCGACAUAACAUUCAGAAGGAGCUUUGUCUGUAUGCUUCUCAAGGACCAGUGCAGCUUCAGGUCUGUAACUACAGAGGUAAAAAAACAUUCACCCCUGGAGAAGAGAAGUGGGAACUUCGAAAGGAUCAACUGUUACAUAAUGCAGCAUUAAAUAUGUGCCUUACGGGAAAUGGAGAACAUCCAAGUUUGGUAUCCUGUAAUCCAUCAGAUCUAUUCCAAAAAUGGGUUUUUGGCCAAAACAAUUAAGUACAGCUACUUAUAACUAGGAAAUAUUUGGUUAAAAAGAUACAUCCGCUUUGUU